GUGCGAUGGAUAUCGACAGUGCCAUUGCGGGUGUAAUGCGAUUGAUUGUGUGGCCCAGGGUAGUGGCCUACCUUGAUUGUACUGGUGAGGCAUAACUGGCCGUCUACCGUCUAGAUGGGGUGAUGCGCCAGUUUGGAUAUGACGAUCUGGGUGGCCAGUUUCUACAGUCCUCAGGAGAAGAUGUCUUUUGCACUCGGAGGCACGACCGAGCUUUUCUAGGGUGCUCGCAUUUGCCGGUUGCAGGCUUAUUUAGGGUGCAAAGAUGUAGGGCUCUUCAGUUGUCGUAUCUUUGUGCAUUGUUUGCGGGCUUCCAGGAGGUAGUUAGGAAGACCUCCCAGCUUCGUCAUUCUUUGGUUCCUCCAGAAGGUCAUGCCGCCAACCGGGGUGCCAUCCCAACCCCUGCUGUGCUACAACUGUCAGAGAGGGCUUGGGCUAAGCGCAAGAUGGGGCCUCUGGUUUUGGAGGAGGGGGAGAGUAGUCGUCCCCCGGUUGCGAAGAGGAUAAGGUCUGCGAGGGUGCCCCGCCCUCCAUGGUCCGGUGCGGUACCGGAACCUCUAGCUGUGGCAUCAUCCCAUUAGCCUGGGAGUGGCCAGGGGGCUCUGGCAACAACUCCUGUAGGAAGGACUGUUCCGGUCGUGAAGCCAGUAGAGAUGGCAGUUAUGGUAUCCUCUCCCGGGGGUGGUAUCGUCUGGUUCUCAAGUGAGCAAAUGAAGAGGAAAGUUCCCCCUCGCCCGAAGCGGGGUCCUAGGGAUGAUGCUUUGUCUGUGGAGAGUGAUAGCGCUUGUGCAAACAUGGAGGUUCUAGUGGUUCCUCUGGAGCAGGCAACAGAGGCUCUGGUUACCUCCUCUGUCGAGGCAGGUUUGGCACUCUUCUCUGAGUAUCCGGUUGGGGUGCCAGACACGCCUUUCUUUAGGCGCUUGGCUGAGGAGUUGAGGGAAAUGCAGCCCCCUAGCGUCAAUUCCGUGGUUGCUGAGGGUGUUGUGGGUGACAACACCGUUUCUAUGGAUCGGAUAAGUCAGCUGGCUGCUAACACGGGAGCAGCGACCAAUGGUGCAGAGUCUUCCGAUGCGGCCACUAGUGAUGCCGAAGGCCCCGGGGGUGUGGAGGGUGCAGUUCCUAUUGAGCCUCAGUCCCCUGUUGCAGCAGGUGGCGUCACCGGGGAUGCUUCUAUGCAGACUGGGGAAAACAACUCUGUGGGGCCUGAGGUCUUGGCUGAGGCGGAGUGUCACUCAGGGAGUGAAGAGACGGAGCCCAGCAUUAUCUUUCCUCCCGAGGAGUUGUCGUACGAGGAGGAACUGCUUCAGAUAUGGCAGGAACUGCUAGAAUACUGUGACAAUCACAGCAUCCCGUUGUUGCACUUCCCAGUGGUGGAGCCGGUACGGGUUCAAGGUAAAGGCGUGCAGUACAGCGUCUCUAGUGCAGUUGCUCAGUUCGUGUCAAUUACGAUUUAUGCUGAGUGGUUUCCAGAAGGAAGACUACAUCCAGAGAUUGUAGGUCCUGCCCUGAACACCGUUGCUACGUUAAUGGGUCGUGUAAUGGUCCUCCCGUUAAAGGAUUUAUCAUGGACUGACUUCGCCUACUGGCUGGAGGCCUGUCGGGCUUUUUCAUCGAUAGGUUUCUUCAUGGACCAGAUCAGAGCAGUGCGUCGUUGUGUUAGCACAUGCCUUUUGGAAGGCUGGUUAGGACAUACAUCAGAUUGAUCCGUUCCAUUCCAUGAAGGAUGUCCGUGGGCGCCAGAAAAUAGUUGAGGCAAGCGUCACUAGAGUCGCGAACAAGCUCAAGGGUCUGAGGGAAGAAUGUGCUCGGUAAGAACGGAUCCUCGAGGAAUACAAGGCGGAGUUGGAGAGCCUGAAGAAUUUUGAGGAAACUAGUGGGGUGCUAGAUGCCAUAUCUUCCAUACGGGAAGAGUGGGCCAAAUGACCAUUGAUUGUGUUUUGCUGUAGUGGACUAUUCUGGGGUUGUCCCAUGAUUGUAUAA